GCCAGCUCUCAGCAACUCUCCAAGCGCUCUCUUCGUCCCCGAGCCCAGGCUGCUACACCAAACCCUCACGCCCGAGCCCAGACGGACGCACGACACCAACCUCGCCGGGCUCCCGCCCACGCGGCGGGAGGCAGCGGCACGCGUCCCGCUGAUUGGGCCAAAUCCGCGCGGCGCCGUGACGUUAGCGACCAGCGAGGUGUCAUAAGGGGCAACGACGGAAGGCGGCGCCUCAGACGGUUUCAGCGGUGCUAGGGUGGCUCUGGGUAGCUGGUUAGGGGUAGCAGUGUGAGCCGUAGCGGUGCUGCGCGGCCUCAUCGUCUCGCCAUGACCCGCGGGAACCAGCGUGAACUUGCUCGCCAAAAGAACCUGAAGAAAACUCAGGAGAUCCACAAAGGCAAAAGGAAAGAAGAUAGCUUGUCUGCUUCUCAGAGGAAACAGAGGGACUCUGAAAUUAUGCAACAAAAGCAAAAAGCAGCUAAUGAAAGGAAGUCUCUGCAGGCAGGAGCAAAAUGAGCUGCUGCUAUGGAGAAUAUAGAGUGCACCAAUGAAGCAGAAGGACCUAGAAGAUCAUUCAUAAAAGUGUCCAGCCAUUAAAUGAUUAAACAUUUAUUGCGCAGAGUUGUUAAACUAUCAUUAGUUAUUUUCUGGUUACUAUAGGCCUAGUUGUCUACAGUGCUCUUUCAAAACUUACUACACUCUUCUGCAUGUCUAUGAAUAAAAGUAUUAAGCAAUGGCUUUAUUCUAGCUUUUGCUGCAUUUGUUAGUUUUACUUAAUGGUUCCAGUAACAGAAUUUCUGAAUCUACAGUUAGACCAGAUUUGGUUGCCUGAAUUCUUGAAAGUACAGCUACGUUCAGAAUGGAACAUACUUGUAAAAUGUGCUUAACCUUGCAGAGGUCUGAACUGUAAAUCUCAAAAUAUUUUUACAAUAAAAUGUUGCAUGAAA